AUGGGAAGAAAGCGGAAACAUGACGAUGGUGCUUCAUCAGGCGACGCGCAGCCAGACGGCUCAGAUGUAACUGCUGCCACCGAUCAUGACGGUAAAGACCUUUGCCUAGCGGAUACGCUAUCCCUUCCUCGCGACGGUAGCGGACCUCAAGAACCAGCCUUGCCCAGGGAUACUUCCGGUGGGGAGGGAAAGAACCAGACGGGGUGCCAGGUGGCUGACCAGACGUCGACGAAGAAGCGAAAACGAAUAGGGAACGAGAAAACAAAAUAUCCGACGUUGACGUAUGCAAUGGGUGGUAGGCAGUCGUCCAUCAAGAUUUCAGAUUUACAGGGACUGUUACUCUACUGUCUCGCAGACGCAGUUGCGCCGCAAUGGAUAUCAGUAAAGCACUCAGGCCAUGUAAGAAAAGUUGUUGUUCUUAUGGUCCCAGGUCUGGAGCUGGGGAUGUUCGACGGGUCGAUCCCGUUAGCCAAGGGGACAGAAACCCCCAGCCUUGGUGCAACUGCUGCCGCCGGUGACAGUUGCCAAUCUGGGGAUGAUGCUCAGAAAUCCAGCGAGUUUGAACGCUGGAAGCGUGGGGUAUCCCCCAUAAGUGAGGAAGCUUCCCAUCAAUUUGCUCCCAGAGCCAUCCAUAAAGAUAAGCUGCCAGAGGUUUUGUCGCCUCUUGCAGACAUGUUUCCACAUGUCUGGCCAAUUAAAUCCCCUGGGGACUCAAAAUACAACAAGGUUCACUCGCCCCUUCAGGCAAUCUUGCGGUCUUCCUUGCCUAAAUCCAAGGAAAAUAAUCACAAUAACAAUAAAAAGACUAAGGGUCCAGCAAAUUGGGCAUCUCAGCGAACCCCAAUUACUACCUUUUUGAGCACUUUGGACAAUUUAAUUGAACAUGAAUAUCCUCUACACCCUGCACUCUUCAGUUCCGCUGAGGAAAGGGAUAAAAAUGCUCGACUGCGCGCUCUUAAUGGACAAUCUACUGAACACGGAUGGGUGGAUACCCACGUUAAUGAUUUUGCCGAAGGUGCUGUGCCUGAUCGUGAUAUAGCAGGAGGCAGUGUAACCGCUGGCCGUGAUAUUUUUGCUCUUGACUGUGAAAUGUGCAUCACUGAAGGUGGUAAAUCUGAGCUCACCAGAAUUAGCCUUUUGUCAUGGGACGGUGAACGAAUUUUAGAUGAAUUCGUUAAACCAGAAACCCCCAUAAUAGAUUAUUUAACCCGUUUCUCUGGUGUUACUAAAGAAAACCUCGAUCCAGUCACUACGACUUUACCCGACAUACAACGGAAAUUACUUGAAAUCUUGACUCCUCGCUCGAUACUAAUUGGACAUUCUCUCAACUCCGACCUCAAUGCCCUAAAACUAACACACCCGUUCAUUGUCGAUACUGCUUCUAUAUAUCCACAUCCACGAGGGCCACCUUUGAAGCCAAGUCUCAAAUGGUUAUGCCAGAGGUACCUGGGAAGAGAAAUCCAAAAUGGAAUGGCUGGCCAUGAUCCGGUAGAAGAUGCUAAGGCAGUAUUGGAUCUUGUGAAGCAGAAAUGCGAAAAGGGCGAAUCAUGGGGCACUAAUGAAGCCUCCACCGAGAGUAUCUUUCAACGCCUUGCCAGGGCUUCACGGCCCAUAAAAUCCUCCGGCCCUGUCACACAGGGAGGACGAACAGGAGCAGUGGUCGACUGGGGCAGCCCGGAACGUGGCUUUGGUGCCCAGGCCAGUAUUUCUCUAGGCUGUGCCAAUGACGAAGAAGUAGUUAAAUCAACUAAGAUUGCUGUCAGCGGAGAUCCGACUGGCGAAGUAGUUUCCGGAGGCGGUGUUGAUUUUACUUGGGCACGACUUCGCAAUCUAGAGAUCUCCCGGGGAUGGUGCAACCGGAUCCCUGGUGCAGGCCACGAUAAUCAGUCAAUCGAUAUAUCGAACCAGGAUAUUAUCAGCCCGGCAAAUCCGGAGGAGCUUGGGCGGGCUGUCUCCAAAACCGUUUCUUAUAUAAAGGAGAUAUGGGAAGAUUUACCCCCAUGCACGCUUUUCAUUAUAUAUUCAGGCACCGGUGACCCUCGAGAGGUAACUCGACUCCAAGCUGUGCGCAGAACUUACAACGAGGAGUUCCGAAACAGAAAGCCUUGGGAUGAACUCACUGUGAAAUGGACGGAUACAGAAGAACAGGCACUGAAACGCGCCUGUCAAACGGCAAGGGAAGGGUGUGGGCUUAUGGCUGUAAAGUAG